CUAGACGUCCGAGCUUUCAUGGCAUUGUUGGCAGCUGACCAUUCUAUCUAUCGUGCUCGUCGUUCUCUAGUCGCCGCUCAUGCUGUGGUUCUCAAUACAAUUUGUGUACGUGACUUUUUGACAGAACUCGGUAUAAAAGGACCGUAGCCCUCGUAGCUCACAUUAUCGUACUCGCCGCGUACUUUCGUCUGUUCUCUCUUGACUCUGCAGACACCAUGCAAUUUCGCCUCCUUCUAUCUGCUCUCCUCACCGUUUGUGCCGUGAACGUAUUGGCAGACAGGAAGGGUUGCGACCCCGCGGCAAGCGUUGGGAUCAAAAGUGCCCAUAAUUGCAAGAGUGGAAACGGCAAAUAUUACUUGUGUAAACAGGGUAGCACUUGGACAUGCAGUGCGGUGAAGAACAUGGUUGGGUUGGAGAAUGGAGAAUGCUUCAAGUAGAAAUUGAUUCGUGUUGAAACGUUGAUACUCGCAAAUCCUUUUGGACUUUCGAAGCCCCUAUGGACGCGAAACUGGUCCGUGCGUGUGAAU